GCAGGGGAAGCAUGGUAAUGCGAAUUGCAUUGCCACCCGAGGGGAGUGCCAUGGCCAAUCGAGCUCGCAGGAGUGGAGAGGGAGAGGAGGAGGAGUGAGGAAGUGGACGAGUGAAAGAGUGUGUGAGAGAGAGGUAGAGUAUGUGGUGGUAGAAUUGUGGUUGUGGGCCCGUCGUGGGAGCUGCGGAGAUCGAAGCAAUAGGGGAGGAGCGCUUGUAGGAGCGAGAGUAGCAGCAGGAGGGGGAGCGGGAGGAGGAGGAGGAGGAGGAGGAUACGAACAAUGGAGAAGAGCAUGAGCAGCAGCACUUUUCCACAAGACAAAGGGGCUCGCGGGAUGACACCUCCUCACCAGGCUGGCCGGGGCGGCCUGUGGAGGUGCAAGUUGUCACAAGCUCAAGCGCGGAAGAAGGGAGCGCGAGGAAGACGGAUGAAAUGGCAUGAAGACCUGGAAAGCGUCUAUGGAUGCCGAUGCAGUGUCUGGAGACGAAGUGGCAUUCCGCCUCUGGGCCUACGACGAUCAUCAUCAUCAUCAUCAUCAUCAUCAUCCCCUUUCGCUGCUCUUCUUCCUCCUCCUGCUGCUGCUGCUGCAGUGUCGUGGGUGUCCAAAGAAGGUCGGGCGCUCGUGGCUUCGUUUCACCGGUGGGACUUCGGGGAUCCACACCCAAAUUGACAUCGCUGCGGCUCGAGGGCCAGCGUGCUCCGCUUGGCCAGAAGAGAACGGCCUCCUCCCGACGACGACGACGACACGGACACGGACCAUCGUUUCGACUAUCGGCAAGAUCUUUCCUGUCCGACGAAGGAAUAGACGAUCGAACGGAAGAUCGGUAGCAGUAAUUCAGAUCGGAGGAAUCGCCAUACUGCACCUGAAGCGGAUCCAGUCGGAGGCGGCCAAGGGAACGAACAGGGAAUCGGAGGGCGCUUGUAGUCCACGGGUUGCGAAUUCUGGUGAGCGAUCUAAAUUAAAAGCUGGCCAGCGGGUGACGUCACGUGGGGUUGUCAGAAUUGGCUCCCCAUCAGGAGGAUCGAAGGGGAUAAGGAAACGCCCAGGCGAUCUGGCAGAGGAAUUGUAGGGACCAGCGUCGCAUCGGCAUAGCUCGAAUUGGACAUCAUUUCGCAGCCUAGCCGAGGGGGGCGAGGGCGCGAGGCAGCGAGGGAUCGACAGACUGACCGAACGUCCGUCUGACUGACUGGGGGCGCCAUGGGGACGGACAUGAGGGCCCGCUACAAGGAUCUGGCGGCAGGCAACGUGUUCAAGACUCUGAGAAUUCUCGUUAUCGGCAGGCCCGGCGCCGGCAAGUCCACGCUGAUCCGCAAGAUUCUGGGCCUGGCGCCGGGCAAAGGGCCCGACGGCGCCAGCCGAUCGGGCGGAGGCGCGGCCUCGAGGCAGGACGUUAACAAGGAGUGGAGCCAUCCGACGCUGCCGCUCAAGAUCCACGAGUGCGACGUCGCGCUCAGCGCCGCGGACGAGGACAAGGCGCCCGAGAACGCCCUGGGGCUGGUCAAGCGGUUCUUGAAACGGCGCGCCACCGAGGGCGCCAGCGGGGCCGCGGACGCGCCAGCCCCCGCGCCCGUUGAGCCCAAAUUCGACACGGUGAAGAAGUUCUUGAAGCUGGCCGCGCACGGAGGGGGCGCGGACAGCGACGGGGGGCUUGGGGACCUGCGCAAGUUUCUGACCAACCGGCAGCAGCGGUCGGAUUUCGCCGAGCAUGUGCACCUGGUGCUGUACGUUGCCUCGGCGCAGGACGAGCGCCUGCGCGACAACGCGCCCGUGCUGGAGGAGGUGGGGAACCAUGAGACGGUGCCGAUUCUGCUGAUAGUGACGCGCGCCGAGGGGCAGGACGAGGCGUUCGCGCGGAACAUCGAGGCGCACGUUGGCGAGCUGCUGGAGCGCGUGCCUGACAAGCGCAAGGUCCUGGAGCAGCUGAUCUCGGUGGACUUCUCGGACACGGAGGCGCUGGCUAAAGUCAGCGCCCGGAUUCAGGCUCAUCUGACGAGCGAGGAGCUCAAAUCCGCCUGGGCGGCCGCGCAGGCCGUGGACUUUCACGAGAAGAUUCGCCUGUCGGCGCGCGAGAUCGUUGGGUACAAGGAGGCCGCCAUCCUCUGCUCGCCCGCGGGCCUGAUCCCGGGUCCGCACCAGACCAUCGUCGGGGGGCUGCUGGUGGGUCUGUGUCGCGCGCUGUGCCGCAUCUGGGGCGUGCCGCCGUCGUUCAAACGGUCGCUGCGCAGCAACAUUGCGUCCGAGGAGGUGUUCAGCCGGCAGCUGAAUCUACUCGUGGAGAAGAUCGCGACCAUGGGGGCCGCGGGCGCCAGCCCGUUCGCGGCCGCCGCAGCGAAGGCGGCCGUCCCCGUGGCCACGCGCGUCCUCACCACGUCCGUCAUGACCUCCAUCUCGCAGUCGCUGUCCAUGUCCAUCACGCCCGUGGCGCUGGCCGCUGCCGCCGUGGGCUGGCUCUACGCUUCGCGCAACGAUGCGUACCAUUCCAUGCUGGCCAUGGUGUCGUUGGGAGUUAUGGUCGUGGGCUCGAUCUUGUACGUCAAGGCUAAGUACGACCCUCGCGAGUGGAACCUUCGUCGCGGGAAAGACGAGUACGACAGAUUCAUUCAGGAGUUUCUCCAUUUGCAUGGCGAAGAUUGGAAGAACUCCGUGGGCAAUCGACACGCCGUGUCGGAUGUCUUCAAUCCCGAGAAGGAUCGGGAAGUCGUCAUGGAGCAGCUUAUUGAAUAUUUCGACCAAAUUGUCAUGACGAGUCGGCAUGAAAGAUUGGGCAACUCGGAGCAACAAGAACCUUUUAGAUUGCAGGGGAAGCCCGAGACUCUAAGAUUAGAAGGCUAGCUAGAGAGAGAGAGUUGACCCUUUGAUUUCGACAUCAUUCAUGCUUCUGUUGUACAUAUCUGUGAAUUACUUCUUAAGGUUUGUUACGUGCUGUUGAUCGCUUAAAUAUCAGUCCCACUUGGUCAGACAAAGCUGCAGGACAAUUCACUGCAAUGUCAUUCUUGAUCUAUCAGAUUGCAAUACAUCGAAAACUUGGGACCAUGAUCAGACAGCGCCUAUUUUUACUGUCAGAACAUGAUCCUCCAAUUGACUU